AUGCUGUCCUUUCUAUCGUCGAACCUGUCGAGCACACGGCAGUCCCUCGCGCAAGUCCUGAACUUCGCCUUGGUCCUAUCCACAGCGUUCAUGCUGUGGAAGGGCCUCUCGGUGUUCACUGCAAGCUCCUCGCCGAUUGUCGUGGUGUUGUCCGGCUCUAUGGAGCCCGCGUUCCAGAGAGGCGAUCUGCUGUUCCUGUGGAAUCGCAGCCCGCGGGCCGAACUGGGCGAAAUCGUCGUGUACAAUGUCCGGGGCAAGGAUAUCCCGAUCGUGCAUCGCGUGGUGCGCACGUUCCCCGAGGUCGAAGGCAAGGCGAAGAAGGUGAAGGAGAUUACCGGGACCUCGUCGAUUCCUCCCAAUAUGCUCCUCACCAAGGGCGACAACAACGUGGCCGACGACACCGAGCUGUACGCUAAGAACCAGGACUUUCUACACCGCGAGGAGGAUAUUGUCGGCAGUGUGCGUGGGUACAUGCCCAUGGUGGGCUACGUGACCAUCAUGCUGAGUGAGCAUCCGUGGCUCAAGACAGUGUUGCUUGGGAUCAUGGGGUUGAUGGUUAUACUGCAGAGGGAACAAUAG